CGAGUGUUGGAGGCGGGUUUUACUGAGGAGGAUGUAUCUGCGGUCGGUCAUGGCUCAGUAUUCUAGUGCAAUAGUAAAUAAAUGCAUUGUUCCGUGUUUGUAACAGAGAAGUGCAUUUUUAGGAUACAUGUGUUUACAAUUUUAGUUUAAUCCCGAAGAUUUGUGAUCCUUAUAUGCGAGCGGGCUAUGGAUGCGCAGGUUGCAAACCAUUGCAGCAUCAAGUCUGCAGCAAAGACGAGCAUCGCGCAGGAUGCAGCUGAAUGCGGGAAGAAGAAACCCCGCUCGAGGAGAGGCAGGAGAGGCAAGCGACGGAGGGGCAAGAAGGCCAACGAGCCUCCGCCGUUUCUACCUCCGGAGGCUGAAGAGGGAAACAUUGAAUACAAGCUGAAGCUGGUGAACCCCACGCAGUAUCGGUUCGAACACUUGGCCACGCAGCUGAAGUGGCGACUGCAGGAGGGCCGCGGGGAGGCCGUGUAUCAGAUUGGGGUGGAGGAUAAUGGGCUGCUGGUUGGACUCAUAGAAGAAGAUAUGAAAGCCUCUCUUAAGACUCUUCGCAGAAUGGCUGAGAAGGUUGGAGCCGAUAUCACACUCCUGAGAGAGAGGGAGGUGGACUGCAAUAGAGCGCGACGGAAAAUUGCUGAAGUUCUUGUGCGGAAAGUUCCAGAUGACCAGCAGUUUCUGGAUCUCCGUGUGGCUGUUCUGGGUAAUGUGGACUCAGGGAAGUCAACUCUGCUGGGGGUGCUGACUCAGGGCGAGCUGGAUAACGGACGGGGCAGGGCCAGACUCAACCUCUUCAGACACCUGCAUGAGAUUCAGACCGGACGGACGUCCAGCAUCAGUUUUGAGAUCCUGGGGUUUAACAGCAAAGGAGAGGUUGUAAACUACAGUGACUCCCGUACAGCAGAGGAGAUCUGUGAGAGCUCUUCUAAGAUGAUCACUUUUAUUGACCUGGCUGGUCAUUAUAAGUACUUGAAGACCACUAUAUUUGGCCUGACAAGCUACUGCCCAGACUUUGCCAUGCUGGUGGUGGGAGCCAAUACUGGCAUUGCUGGCACAACUAGAGAGCAUCUGGGUCUGGCGAUGGCGAUGAAGGUGCCCAUAUUCAUUGUGGUGAGUAAGGUGGACCUCUGCGGUAAAAGCACAGUGGAGAAAACGGUUCGUCAGUUGGAGAGAGUGCUCAAACAGCCCGGUUGCAACAAAGUCCCAAUGGUGGUGUCCAACCCUGAUGAUGCCGUUACAGCUGCACAGCAGUUUGCACAAUCCUCCAGUGUGACGCCCAUCUUCACCCUCUCCAGUGUCUCUGGGGAGAAUCUUGAUCUUCUGAAGGUCUUUUUCAACAUUCUUCCUCCUCUGAGCAACAGCAAGGAGCAAGAGGAGCUCAUGCAGCAGCUCACGGAGUUCCAGGUGGAUGAGAUUUACAGUGUUCCUGAUGUAGGAACAGUAGUUGGUGGAACACUGUACAGUGGUGUGUGUCGUGAAGGAGACCGGCUGGUUGUGGGUCCCACCGAUGAUGGGCGGUUCCUGAGGUUGAAGGUGUGCAGUAUCCACAGAAAUCGUUCUGGCUGCCGCGUGCUAAGAGCUGGACAGGCCGCCACACUGGCACUUGGGAACUUUGAUCGCUCAUUACUACGAAAGGGCAUGGUCAUGGUAAGUCCCAAAAUGAACCCUACAAUUUGCUGGCAGUUUGAGGCCGCCAUAGUCCUCCUGUUCCACGCCAAGACUUUCCGCAGUGGUUUCCAAGUCACAGUGCACGUGGGGAAUGUAAGGCAGACUGCCACGGUGGAGUGUCUGCUUGGAAAGGAGGAGCUGCGGACAGGCGAGAGAGCUGUAGUGUGUUUCAGAUUCUUAAAACACCCUGAGUACUUGCGUGUGGGAGCCAAGCUGCUCUUCAGAGAGGGGGUGACUAAAGGCAUCGGACAUGUGACGCACCUCCUACCCUCCACCCAGAACCACAUGCCUGAUCAGAACCGCAACCAGAACCACAGUUAGACACAUCGGUAGUGACACCAUUAAUCAAAAGAGGACA